AUGAUCCCACGAUAUAUUCACAACACUCACAAGGUCCAGUGUAUCGAAAGCCUCGGAAAAUGCGCCAACGAUACCCGAAGCACGGUCAGCAAGCAGUGCAAGGACAAGCGCAGGCGUUCCCAAGACGAGCAUUGCGAUAUAGACGAAGUCUGCAAAGACCACGCAUGCAAUCCAAAGGUCUGUCACAAUCAUCACUGUGAUUUUCGACCACAUCUUCAGUGCACCAACGGCAAAUGUCUUCCACACGUCGCUCUACCGCCAAAUGGUACCAAGAAUUCGGAUUGCAGGCCGGGACUAGUUUGCAGAGAUGGCGACCGUUGGCAAUGCCGUGCUGAUUCAGAAUGCGACAAGGACAUGAUGUGCAGCAACGACCAUUGCAUGCCAAAACCGCCUACUUGCGGACAUCCUGGCUUUGACUGGGCAGAGUGGCGCGGUCCUUUAUCCUGCAACAGCGUUAAAUCACCCCCUUUUCCAGAGUAUGACCCGGCCGUAUUCAAAUCUCAAAAGCCAGAGCAUGACGGUCGAACAAACACGCUGCUCAUUGACAAUCCAGAGGAUCUCUACGGGCAGGCCAUAGACAUCAACCUCGCUUCGGUGAUGCAUCAGGGAUUUCUGCUAGCCCCAGAGACAGGCAAUUACACAUUCAUCUUUGGGCAAGCAGACGAUAUUGUUCUGGUCUGGCUAGGCGAGAACGCUUUCCGUGGAUGGACUCGGGCAAACGCGGAUAUUGAGACGACCUAUAAUCCGCCUCCCGGCGACGAGACACAUACGACAAGGCACCUGGAGCAGGUAACGUAUUAG